CAUGCCUGCAUGGUACUUCCACCAGAAUGCACACACUAGAAACUGUUCAUAUCUCUUAUGCACUAUUAUUCACCCUGAUUCCUACACCAUAGCCGAUAAAUACACUAGGAGAACAUAAGUGUCAGUGAAACAUUCCUGCACGUCUUGCAAUUUCCUCAUUCACUCUGUAACACAGUAGUGGGAAGAAUUGUGCUAUAAAUGUCAGAAUAGUAGUGCUUAAUGAUGUGAACUUAAUCCUAAAAUAAGUCACUCGAUCAAAAAUGACAAAAAACAAAUUUAUGGUCUUUAAAACAUCAGUGAUACACUUCAAACCUUGGGGGUUUCCAAAAGUGGAAAAUGAUGUCGGGAAACAAAACUGAAACAUUCUUACACUAUAAAUACCAGUACUGGUAUAUCUCCUCCAUUCUUCAUUCUUUGCAAAAUCCUCUGUUCUAUUGACUGCAACAAUGGCUUCUUUACUUCUGCAGUGCUGUUUCUUUCUCUUUGCAUACCUAUCAAUGAUUCAAAUCUGCUUAGGGAAUACAAAUACGGUGGGAAAUGUAAAGUUGGAUUUGUACUAUGAGAGCUUGUGUCCAUUCAGUGCUAAGUUCAUCAUGAGCAAACUCCCAGUCAUCUUUGAGAAUGGAUUAAUGGACAUUGUUGAUCUUCGCCUUUUUCCUUGGGGCAAUGCCAAGCUUGCUUCCAAUAACUCCAUCACUUGUCAGCAUGGUCCUAAGGAAUGCUUACUUAAUACUGUUGAAGCCUGUGCCAUUUAUGCAUGGCCCAACGUGGAUGUCCAUGUCCCAUUUAUUACUUGUGUUGAGAGUCAGGCUUCCGCGGGCAAGUACAAGGAAUGGAAAGCUUGUUUUCAGGAGUUGGGUUUGGAUCCAGAACCUGUUAAUACGUGUUACAAGGGUGAAGGUGGAAAACAGCUUGAGUUAAUAUACGCAAAUCUAACUGCCUCACUCAAACCUCCUCAUGUAUAUGUGCCCUGGGUAGUUGUUGAUGGAAAACCUCUUGAAGAUGAUUAUGAAAACUUCAUUAGUCACAUCUGCAAAGCUUACAAAGGGAUUCCACCUACUGCUUGCGUGAAAACAUCCUUAGCAAGUGCUCUCAAGGGAGGAGUUCAUGCUCUCCCCCUGUCUGAUAAGGAAAACAAACCCCAAAGGCCCCGUUCAAAUGAAAAUUUGGUCCUUCGUAGCGUCAUGGAUGGAUUAGAUUAUAUAAAUCCUGCUGUCAUGUAAAGACAGUGGUUGUUUUGGUGUCAGGAAAUCAUAGGAGGCAUAUAGCUGCUAUGUAAUUAACGAACUUUAUAUGUUGUGUAAAACUGUCAAAUUUCAUAUGGCUUUUUCUUGGCAGUUACAGCAAUGUUUGUUUAAUCCUGUGUCCGUAUACCAGUUUAACACUGCAGGUUUUCUUUGAUAGUGGAAUAAGGUUCAAAAUCUCAAUAGUUGAAUAAGGUUUGUUUGA